AUGCCUAAGGAGCACUCCAAAGACGGAGGGCCAACUAAACCCUUCAAGCCUUUCCCCUGGGUAGGAAAGUUCACUAACUAUACCCCUUUGACGGCCCUGAUCGUCGAGGUGUACCAACAGAUAGCUGACCAAGGCAUCUUGUCGAAGCCUCGCCAGCUCAAGGACAGAACCGGAGGAAACAAGAACCUCUACUGUGACUACCACAAGGGUUUCGGCCAUAAAACCCAAGAUUGCUUUGAUCUGAAGGACGCUCUGGAAGAGGCGAUCUGUGAAGGCAAGCUGACGGAGUUCUCGCAGUUCAUAAGAGAACCUAGGAGUCGAGAGCGCAACCGAUCUGACGAAGAUAGGGGUCGUACUGUGAAGCCAAGGCAAGAACCCGAAGAGGACAAUGACCGUGGCCUCACUAUCGUGAAUGUUGUAGUUGGGAGGGACGCUGCACCGAGAUCGAAGUUGGUAGCAAAAAAAUACGCUAAGGUCCUGGCCGUGUCAUCAGCUACUCAUGGGCCUUCCCCUAGAAGAGUCCCAGUGAUAUCAUUUGCACCAGGGGACCGAUCGUUUGAUGACAUGCCAGGGAACCCUCCCAUGGUAAUCACAGCAAGAGUGGGAAUAGGCUUGGUCAAGCAAAUUCUCGUUGAUACCGGAGCCGAUUCAAACAUUAUGUUCCGAAACGUGUUCGACGCCUUGGGCCUCCGGGAAGCCGACUUGAAAACACACCAGCACGGGGUGGUUGGCUUAGGGGAUAAUUUUAUCAAGCCUGAUGGAAUAAUCUCCCUCCCGGUCUCCAUAGGGGGAGGUCAAGGAAAGAGGUCGCUAAUGGCGAAGUUUGUUGUUCUAAGGGACUCCAUGACUUUCAACCUUAUCUUGGGGAGGAAAACAAUCAACGAGUUUGCAGUGGUAAUAUGUACCAAGAUACUGAUAAUGAAGUUUGAAGCCAACAAUGGGUGGGUGGGAUCCAUCAAGGGAGAUCUUCACGUGCGACAAUGCCAGCUUCUCCCUAAGAAAGAAGUCGAAGGAGGCAUCUGGGGUUUUCCUAGCCGAUCUGGACGCUAG